UGCACGCGCAUCUCCUCUCUAUAUAUCCCCCUCCCAUUCUUUCUCACUACUCACAUUCCAUUUCCACACAACUUUCCCAUUUUACCCUCUCUUCCAAAUUGAAAGUGUUUGAGAAAAUGUCUAAUUUCGAGCGACAAAAAUGUCCUAAAGAGCAAAAAUACUCCACCUUCUCCGCCACCCUCCUCGACGAGAUCUAUCGUUCCAUUGAUCGGAUCGACGAGAACUCGAACGACCCGAGAACGUACACGCAAGCCAGCCGGCUCAGUCUGAAGGGGGAUGUUGACGGCUUUUGUAAAAAAGCUCGUUUUGUAGAGAGUUGGAUGUACCAAAAGGGAAUUGAUGCUCCUAAAGUCCACACCAAGGGGUGUAAUAGGCCACUCUCAUCGUUGUUGCUUUCAAGCUACAACGACAAGAGUGACCCUUUCUUCUUUAGUUCCGGCUUGUCAGAGUCGAGUUCUAGCGGGCUUUCGUCCGAGCCGGACCUCUUCUCCACGAAAACGUCGUGUUUUAAUACUCCGAGGCUCAAGCAGGUGAAGACCACAACGACGACGAGUCAGGAAAAGUCACGUAACUCGUCGUCGCGUGGGGAUGUGGACUUGAUGAUGGGGAUCAAGUCCAAGUCCGCCGCGCUGAAGAUGUACGCGAACUUGAAGAAGACAAAAACGCCCGUCUCCCCGGGGGCGCGCCUCACCAGCUUCCUCAACUCUAUAUUCGGCGGCACCGGCGUGGCCCGCAAGGGCAGGGGGUCCCCGCUGGCGGCGACGCAGACCGCGUCUCCGCCAGCAUCGCGCUCCUCCUGCCUCAACAGGACGCCGAGGAUGAAUAGGAGCGGGUCCAAGAGGGCGGUGAGGUUCGACCCCGUGGGCGUGAUCGUCCGGGACGACUGCCGUCCCUGCGGGCACAGGCGCAUAUACAGCCGCGAGUUGCCGGCGCCGGGAAAUAAUCAAGAAAACAAGAAAUCUCAUCCGGCAGCAUUCUCCGGGGACAUUUCAAUGAAAAGCUACCAUAACCAUUACAAGGUAUGGAAGAAUGAGUCAUGGAUGAGUGCAGGAGAAGAAGAAGAAGAAGAAGAAGAAUACGAGGAUGAUCUGAGCGAUUCGAGUUCAGAUUUAUUCGAGAUCGAUCUCCGGGCACUGGUCGGAAAAAGAAGAUUCCGGGAAGAACUUCCGGUGUACGAGACGACUCAUUUUCCCGACUCUAAUAGGAUCCUUGCGUCGUCUACUGGCUUAGUAUGCUAAUAAUAAUUUCUUCUAUUUCUGUAUAUAUCAAUAAACGGCCGGAUUAGUGUUUCAAGUUUCAAAAGUUCAUAAAGAAUUUUUUAAUUUUAUGACUUGUGCACGAUUGAUCUUUCAAGUUUUUAAAGUCCAUAAGUAGUCUUUUAAAUACAGCCCUCUACAUGAGGUUCUUUUGGCGAUAAACGUUAAAAGCUAAAUGAGGUACUAAGCUAGUUCCAUAAAAUACGAAGUAGUCUACCUAGGGGAAUUUACUCGUAUUA